CAACACCACAAGAUUCUGCCUUUCCCAUCAUAGCUUCCUCCUUCAACACACCAUCCUCAAUCCAUCAUGCCAGAAAACCCUACCCCAAAAGUCCACGGCCUCAACGUCACCGACCGCACCCAGUGCGCCCACUGGAAUUCCGACCUCGACAUCAUCGCCAUCAGACACAAGUGCUGCGGCGAGUACUACGCCUGUAUCAGCUGCCACGAGGCGGUGGCCGGCCACAGCGCCCAGGUGUGGGCCCGAGACGAGCGCGACACGCCUGCGGUGCUCUGCGGGAACUGCAGGCGCGAGCUGACGGUGGCGGAGUACCUUGGCUGUGGGAACACUUGCCCCGGCUGCGGAGCGGGGUUUAAUCCAGGGUGUGCUAGGCAUUAUGAUUUAUACUUUGAGACAUGACAAAACAUGUGAUGGAAAAGGAAAAGGAAAGGGAAGAUCUGUAAGCGGAGGUGGACACAGAGAGAGAGGGAGGGAGAGAGGGAGAGAGGGGGACGUGCAUGAGAAGGAAGAGCGGAGGCGACCAGCCAAGACCUCGAAUCCUGGUCAUGAUUUGCAUCAAAUGAAAAGGUGGAGGCCAAGGCAUAAUUGAUGAAGGCCACAUUCCCUACCACAUUCCACAUACAGCAAGAUCCUCUCCUCGUGUCACUAUCGGGUACUGUCCACCACUCCGUCACGGAAGCUACUUUCUGGGGGAAAGGCACAC